AUGAAAAUGUUGGCAAGACUCGUUCUGGGACUUGUCAUCUUCAAUGCUGCUGGGACUGCUCCAACUCUGGAACCCAUCAACUACGACUCAGAAACAUACGAUGCCACUUUGGAGGACCUGGAUAAUGUAUACAACUAUGAAAACAUACCUAUUGGUCAAGCUGAGAUUGAAAUAGCUACAGUGAUGCCUUCUGGCAACAGAGAGCUCCUUACCCCACCCCCACCGCCAGAGGAAGCUGAAGAAGAGGAGGAGGAGGAGUCCACCCCCAGACUGAUCGAUGGCUCUUCUCCACAGGGGCCUGAAUUCACAGGGGUUCUGGGCCCACACACCAACGAAGACUUUCCAACCUGCCUUCUGUGUACGUGUAUAAGUACCACCGUAUACUGUGAUGACCAUGAACUUGAUGCUAUUCCUGCGCUACCCAAGAACACUGCUUAUUUCUAUUCCCGCUUCAACAGAAUUAAAAAGAUCAACAAAAAUGACUUUGCAAGCCUAAAUGAUUUAAGAAGGAUCGAUCUGACAUCAAAUCUAAUAUCUGAAAUUGAUGAGGAUGCAUUCAGAAAGCUACCUCACCUCCGGGAGCUUGUCCUGCGUGACAAUAAAAUAAGGCAGCUCCCCGAACUGCCAAAUACUUUGACAUUUAUCGAUAUCAGCAACAAUAGGCUGGGAAGGAAAGGAAUAAAACAAGAAGCAUUUAAAGAUAUGUAUGAUCUCCAUCACCUCUACCUCACCGAUAACAAUUUGGACCACAUCCCUCUGCCACUCCCAGAAAAUCUACAGGCCCUUCACCUUCAGAAUAACAACAUUUUGGAGAUGCAUGAAGAUACUUUCUGCAAUGUUAAAAAUUUGACUUAUAUUCGUAAGGCGCUAGAGGACAUUCGAUUGGAUGGAAACCCUAUCAAUCUCAGCAAAACUCCUCAAGCGUACAUGUGCCUACCUCGUUUGCCUAUUGGAAGUCUUGUCUAA